CCAAGUCGUGUCGUUUUCGGAUUUUCGUUUGUGGUGCCAGCUGAUCUUGUGGUCAUCCUUUGGGUCUCUGUUGUUGGAUGUGGAAACUACAAAUUCUCCCAUGGGAAAUUUCUUCUCUAGCCCUACUGUCCCGGCAAGGAGAUCUAAGAGAAAGAGGAACGAUGAUUCGUCCAGCGAAGACUCCGCGUCAAGUUCGCCUAAGAGGAAGAAGCUCACUACCACAUCACAGUAUAUCUACAGGACCCUGUUUCUGGAAGGACAGAACAGCGACGUGACGAUUGUGGCCCUGGGAAUUGACUGGAGGCUUCACAAAGUUUACUUGUGUCAGACUCCGUACUUUGCAAGCAUGUUCACCGGAGGCUGGAAAGAGACGGAGGAAGGCAUUGUCGAGAUUGGGAUAGAGGACCCCCGCAUCACCCCCGACGCCUUAAAGACAGUGUUUGGAGCACUCUAUCUGGAUGAGGUUGUGAUAAGCGCGGAUGACGCAGUGCCAGUGUUGGCAACAGCUACACUCUUUCAAAUGGAUGACCUCAUCACUCUCUGCUCGGAAAUAAUGGAAGAAUCUAUUAGCCUGUCCACCGUCCUCUUGUACUACAAUACUGCCCUGGAGUAUGGUUCGGUGUGUCUGAAAAAGAAGUGCUGCUCCUGGCUGGAGGAAAACCUGAUGCAAGCAGUCAACCAAAGUCCCAAGACACUACGAAACAUUGAGGUCACCCUGAUGAGAGACUUGGUGGAGUCUCCGAGGCUCGUCGUCAUCCAGACCGAGUUUUCAUUGUACCUCCUGCUACUUGUCUGGGUCUAUUUGAGAAAUACACCUGCAUGGGACGGUGAGGUUAAAGAUGCUGUGACGGAAGCAAAACGCCACUUCAAGGAACGGCCAGAAUCCUGCACUUUCUUGGAGACCGAAGAUGGUGAGGACUACACUGAAGUGUUUCAGGCACUGAGGCUGGAAAAUCUCAUCAUUCACCCUCAAGACGUUGAGGCUCUUCAAGAAGAUAACGUGAUUCCAAUGUCGAUGCUGGAUCCUGUCUUUCGGAGGCAGUGGUGUUCGAUGUUGCGGGUCGACCAAGGCCUUGACCUUGGACCGAGACGAAUAUCGGAAGAGCAGUUCAACAAGUUCUGCCAUCGAUGCGGGAGGGUUCUGACAUCAGACACAAGGAAUAUUUGGCGGUGGACGGGAUACAAUUUUGGGAUGGACAUUGUUGUGACAUAUCAAAAAAAGGUCCUCAAGUUUCGUCGUAACGACUGGAACGAACCGGAAGCCCUGCGUCUUCCACCGAGCACCGCAACACGUAACAUAUUUUAUCGCGUGGCUAUCUACUCUAUUAAAGCAUCUGGUGAGGCUACACUCAUAAGUGACUCUGGCAUCCAGAUGCUCUCGCUGGCACGGCAAAUGGAGAAAAAGGUGUUGGUCCUGAAAAACGACGACGUGAAAUUUCCGUUGAUCGUCAGCGCCAGCUGGUUGACGAUAACGCCUCCCAACGAAGAUUCCUCAGCAGCUACGGCGUCGGAUUAACUUAACUUUUUUUUAAUAAUAACACCUUCAGGGAUGACAGAGAAAGAAGAGCACCCUAUGGAAGUCUCAUAAUAGACAUAUAUUUUCACAUCUGCAGUGACCAGUAGAAGUUUAAUGUAAGAAGCCAUGACCAUAUCUACAUUUCUCAUUUUUUCUCUGUUACACAAAGAGUUGUGUAAUGUCCUUCGUGCAGUUUAUUUGCCCUCUUAUUGAAUUCGAUGUACAUACCUCUGUAACUAAUUUUUGUUUAUUGCAUUUAUGACCAUAGGGAUGUAAAGGGAUUAUGUUGCACACAAUUUUUUUUUUUUUUGUAGAUGUCUAUUUAUGCUAAAAAUAAUUGGCAUUUUUCGGAAGCUUAUAAUGGUAACUUAUGAGAAGAGCUCAGUUGUGACAGUUUAUUUAUAAUAGCUUAGCUUUUUCUUUCAUUUUAUUCACUUCAGUGUAUAGUGCAUUGCAUUUAAUGUGUACAUGCGUGUUGAUGAGUCCUCGAUUUUAGUCCGCUUAUUUUGUCACACAUGCCCUGGUGCAUGUUGUCGGAUAAAGCACUACUUCUCUGAUGCCUCUUUGUACAUACUCUGUGUUUUAUAAAUCAUUUAUAAAUAAUUUUAUAACAACA